AGCCCACCCCACCCAAACGGCCGCCAAACCCAACCGAUCCGACGGGCCGAGCGCACCCGAUUCGGUUCGCCUUCGCCCCCUGACCAGACCGGACUCGGCGAGCCAGCCGCGCCGCCCUUUAUUAUAGCCUCGCCGCUCGUCCGGGCAACCGGCAACGCACGCACGCACGACCAGACGAGACGAGACCAGAUCGGAGCCCCCGCCGCGCCGCGCGCUGUUCCCGAGCGAACUCAACCCACAGCCAAAAGCAAAAGCGCCUCGCCUUCUCCGCGCGCCUCGGCUCUCCUCCAUCUCCAUCCCCCGAGCGGCGAGAACUACGACAGUCGACAGGGCGAGUCGGCGAGAUGUGCUGCUGCCCGAGCAAGGCGUGCUGCAUCUGCACGCUCAUCAUCCUGGUGCUGGUGGCCGUCGGCCUCGUCUUCGGCUUCGGCAUCUACACCCGCGGCUUCCACAAGCUCACCAGCAACAUCCACCUCCAGGACGGCGCCGCCGCCGGCUCCUUCCGCGCCUACGGCGGCCACCUCGCCCCGCCGCCGUACUAGAAGAACCGCCGCCCCCUUCUCCGAGAUCUAGGGCCUGGUUGCUGGGCGAUUCCAGCCCAGCCCCACCCGCCCGCCCGCCCGCUCUCGAUGGAGUUCGACGAACCGCCGCCUGUAAAAAGGAUAUAGGAAUCAUGGGACUUUAAUUGCUUGCUGCAUUUUGGUUUGCUGUUGUUUGGACCGAUCGAUUUGGAUUGGCUAGUGAUUCGAUUUGUUAAAGACUUUGAGUGAGAUUCGACUCCGUAUUAUCACUAUCCGGUGCUCCCGUCCGCUGC